AGGUGAUGGCUAGGUUUAUAUUGAAGCCUAAACACAGUAUACAAUUACUCUCUGCUUGAAGAUGUUAAACCUCUGUUGUCAUAGCUGCACUGUGUUUCCUCAUUCUUGAGCUAUUGGGAAGUUCUAGUAGGACAAGUUAUAAUGAACGGAGAUUGUACAAUGUUGUGGGUGAGGAGCGAGUGGCUGGCUUGGGAUACAGGAAUAAUCACCUACUUGGUCAUCACUGUCUUGGUUACCAUCACAAUGGUGUGGUACUUCAAGAGACAAAAGACAGUGUGGCUGCUGAACCAGAUCCCGGGUCCCAAAGGUCUUCCAAUACUGGGUAAUGCACUCUACCUCUAUGUGGAUCCACCAGAGUUCUUCCGGAGAACCUUGAAGGUGACCGAGUACGGUGAAGUUGCCAGGUUGUGGAUGGCCCAUAAUCCUUACUGCUUACUAAGCAGCGCCAAGGCAGCAGAGGCAGUCACUGGCAGACUCGCAGGAAGCUACUCACUCCAGCAUUCCACUUCAAGAUCUUAGAAGAGUUUAUGUCGGUCUUUAACAAACAAAGCAACAAGCUGAUCCAAAAACUGGAGAAGAAAGCUGAUGGAAAUACCUUUGACAUAUAUGAUGACCUUACCCUCUGUGCUCUGGACAUUAUUUGUGAGACAGCGAUGGGGGCGCAGCAUCAAUGCCAGGAAACAGUGAAACACAAUACUUCAAACUGUCAGGGAAAUAAGUUUUCCGAUACUAUUGUGCCAUUGUCUUGUGUGCAAGUAAGUGAAUUAUUUCCAUUUUUCUCAAAACAAGACCAUAUUGCAAGACCAUUCAUGGUUAAUAUGGUGAAUGAUUCUCGAUGUUUAUGUUUCCUGCUCUACAGAAUUAAAAACCGUCGAGCUUUCCUGGAUCUUUUGUUGGAAUACUCAGAAGAGAAUCCGGACUUCAAUGAUGAAGAAAUUCGGAAGGAAGUGGACACUUUCAUGUUUGCUGGUCACGACACCACAGCUUCAGCCAUCAACUCCAUCUUGUAUAUUCUUGGUCUUCAUCCAGAUAUUCAGACUAAAGAAGCAUAUGUGUGGUUAGCAUCGUCACGAUUAUUUCAGACUAAAGAAGCAAAUGUGUGGUUAGCAUCGUCACGAUUAUUUCACAGACUAAAGAAGCAAAUGUGUGAAAACUAUCGUGUUCCGUCCGGCACAACAGUGCAAUUGGUCAUAUACAAAAUUCACCGUGACCCAGCACAGUUUCCAGAUACAGAGGUGUUUGACCCUGACCGCUUCCUGCCUGAGAACGUUAACAAGCGUCAUCCCUACGCCUACAUCCCCUUCAGCGCUGGACCCAGGAACUGCAUUGGUAAGAUCUAUGCCUCUGAGCGUUAA